CUGGCAGUGUAUCCGCGAGGAAGCAUUUCCGCCUGUGGGGCCCCGUGUGGAGGGCGAUAGCUGCGAGAGGGUCCGGCUCGGGGCUGCCGUCACCGCUAUCGGAACCAAAAGUGGUCUCCCACCAUGGCGACCAACUGCUUUAUGCUAGUGCCUUCCAUUGCCGUGCCACUGGUAGCGGUACUGCUUCUCUGGUUCGGUUUCUACCAGCACAGCGACGAUCGGCAGCCGGCGGCACCGGCCUCAACGACCGCCCACCGGCCGCCCAGCGUGCUGUCGCCGCCCGACCCUGCCGACACCGAUUUCACGAUCAAACAGUCGUACUCCACGCUGCACAUGUUCGAGUCGACGGCCGUGUGUAGCGAUUCCGACAUCUGCAGCCAGAUCGGCCGUGAUUUGCUGCGACGAAACGGGUCCGCAGUGGACGCCGCGGUUGGGAUGAUGUUCUGCGCCGGGCUCACGAACCUGCAGUCGAUGGGCCUUGGCGGUGGUUUCGUGAUGAACAUCUACCAGCGUCAGCAACGGUGCGCUUACACGCUGGACGCCCGGGAAAUAGCUGCCGGCGGAGCGAAGGAAGACAUGCACCUGUACGAUCCGAGCACCACCAACGAGGGUCCGCUGUCGGUGGCGGUACCGGGUGAGCUGAAGGGGUACUGGGAGGCGCACCAGCGCUUCGGGACGCUGCCGUGGGCCGAAGUGCUGCAGCCGACGCGAGCACUCUGCCGACGGGGCAUUCCAAUCACCAAGCACAUGCACGACUCGCUGGCAUUCAACGCGAAAGCGCUGUCCGAUGAGCGUAUCAGGCACCUCUUCACCGAUCCAGCCACCCGCCAGCGGAAGCAGCAAGGGGACCUGAUCCACCCGAGAGCGCUCUGCGAUACGCUCGACCAUAUAGCGAUCGCGGGCGGCGAUGCUCUGUACCGGGGAGAAUUGGCCGCCCAGUUUGCAGCGGAUCUUCGGGACGUGGGUAGCAUUCUAACGGCGGAAGAUCUCGCUCGCUACAGCGUACGGUGGAAUGAGUCGCUGCCCAUCGAUCUGAACGGGGACACGAUGUACGUGGUGCCGCCUCCCGCCAGUGGCAUCCUCCUCGCGUUGAUCAUGAACAUCCUCAAGGGCUUCGGUUUCCGGGCGAGCGACACCCGUACCGCUGAGUCAGCCAUCCGCACGACGCACCGGAUAGUGGAGGCGUUCAAGUUCGCGUACGGCAAGCGCACGGAGCUCGGUGAUCCGGCGUUUACGGACGUGCUGGAGCUCACGCGUAACCUGACCGCCCCUGAGUACGCCGAGACCGUGCGCCGUCGCAUCGAUGACGAUCGAACGCACCACCUGCCGGAGGACUACGAUGGGCACUUCUUUACGCCAAACAAUGACGGCACGGCCCACAUCUCAGUGCUAGCACCGUCCGGAGAUGCCGUUUCGGCUACGAGUUCCAUCAAUUUCUAUUUCGGCGCCGGAAUAAUGGGCCCACGGACUGGCAUCAUCUUGAACAGUGGCAUGGAUGACUUCUCCUCACCAGGGCUAAGCAACUACUUUGGGUUACCCGGGACAAAGGCUAACUUCAUACGACCGUACAAGCGUGCCCUGUCAUCGAUGUGUCCUACGAUUGUGACCGAUCCGUUCCACAACGUAAAGUUAGUUGUAGGUGCUGCAGGUGGUACCAAGAUCACCACUGCAGUCGCGUUGACACUGGCACGCGCCCUCUGGUUCGACUACGACAUCAAGGAAGCAGUUGAUGCUCCACGGUUCCACCACCAGCUCAUACCCAUGGCAGUCCAGUACGAAUAUGGAAAUCUCGAGGUGAUUGUCAAAGGAUGGCAGCAGAAAGGGCACCAGACCAUGCGCUACCGAGAGCGUGGCUCGAUAGUUUGCGCAAUCGCAAAAAACGCGUCGGGCGUGUACGGUAAUGCUGACUUUCGGAAAGGUGGCAAUGUUGCUGGGUUCUAAAGCACGUGCUACGUGUAAUGCAUGCAAUCAUAUUCUAAAGAGAAAGCGUUCAACGAAGAGUGAAGCAAUGCCACACAAUUAAUGCGUUCCGGAAGAGUGCUCAACUAAUAACCUUGCAUAACUCUACGUAAAAGAAUGAGAUGAAGAAACGGUCACUUGAAAAUCGAUACGCAAUCAAGAAAACGGAGGCUGAAGUGCAUCGAGACUUCCGAAAAAUGGUGGUUUCAAUGUGUUCGUGACUCUCGUGAAGGAAGGACUAAAAUCUCCAAAGACGCUGAGGCGCUC